CCCCGAACACCUUCAAGAAUUCUGCGACACUUCCGGUGCAUGGCGGUUUCUCGUAGCAUUCUGCAUUUUGUUGGCUGUUAAUUUUUAUAUCACAGGCUUGACGUUCCUCAGCUCAGUACUUGUGAGAAGAGUUGAUUAUUCCAGUUGUUGAAGGGGAACAAACGAGCGCGUCGUCAAGAUGCCGCGAAUUAUGAUAAAAGGAGGCGUUUGGCGCAACACUGAGGAUGAAAUCCUCAAGGCAGCGGUGAUGAAAUAUGGGAAGAAUCAGUGGUCGCGUAUCGCCUCACUGCUCCAUCGAAAGUCUGCCAAACAGUGCAAGGCCCGAUGGUACGAGUGGCUGGAUCCCAGCAUCAAGAAGACAGAAUGGUCCAGAGAGGAAGAGGAGAAGCUGCUUCACCUGGCCAAGCUGAUGCCCACUCAGUGGAGGACCAUCGCUCCCAUCAUCGGUCGCACCGCUGCCCAGUGUCUGGAGCAUUACGAAUACCUGCUAGACAAAGCCGCCCAGAGGGAGAAUGAGGAAGAGGUGGGAGACGAUCCCCGGAAGUUAAAACCAGGAGAGAUCGAUCCGAAUCCCGAGACCAAACCUGCCAGGCCCGACCCAGUGGACAUGGAUGAAGAUGAGCUGGAGAUGCUGUCAGAGGCCAGAGCUCGUCUGGCCAACACUCAGGGCAAAAAAGCGAAGAGAAAAGCCAGAGAGAAACAGCUGGAGGAAGCCAGACGAUUGGCUGCUCUUCAGAAACGCAGGGAGCUGAGAGCGGCGGGUAUCCAUGUCCAGAAGAAGAGGAAGAAGAAGAGAGGAGUGGACUACAACGCAGAGAUCCCCUUUGAGAAAAAACCUGCAGCGGGUUUCUAUGACACCAGCAUGGAGCAAUAUGAUGCUCAGGAACCGAACUUUAAACGACUCAGACAGCAGCACCUGGACGGAGAACUCCGCAGUGAACGGGAGGAGAGGGAUAGGAAGAAGGAUAAACAGAAGAUCAAGAAAAAGAAAGAGAGCGAUCUGCCGUCUGCCAUCCUGCAGACCAGCGGAGUGGCCGAGUUCACAAAGAAACGCUCCAAACUGGUCCUACCUGCACCACAGAUCAGUGAUGCUGAGUUGGAGGAAGUGGUGAAAAUGGGCGUGGCCAGUGAGGUGGCCCGUCAGGCGGCCGAGGAAAGUGAAGGCGGGAACUCGGCCUCCUCCACCCUGCUGUCAGAGUACAGCGUCACCAACAACAUGAACACAGGACUCCGCACCCCACGGACCCCUGCUGCCCAGGACAGGAUACUGCAGGAAGCACAGAACCUGAUGGCUCUGACCAACAUCGACACGCCCCUGAAGGGAGGCCUCAACACGCCGCUGCACGAGAGCGACUUCAGCGGCGUGACGCCCCAGAGGCAGCAGGUCCAGACGCCCAACACCGUGCUCAGCACACCGUUCAGAACCCCCGGACCGGGCCAGGCCUCUGACGGGAUGACCCCUCUGGCGGGGGGCAUGACCCCUCGGGGUACCCCUGGGUUGACCCCUGGCCGCACGCCUCUGAGGGACAAACUGAACAUCAACACAGAGGACCAGCUGACAGACCCGGCAUACGCCAAACAUGUGCAGAAGGAAAGCCUGCAGCAGCUGAGACAAGGCCUGAUGUCACUUCCUGUGCCCAAGAACGACUUUGAGAUCGUUCUUCCUGAGAACGCAGAGAAAGAACUGGAAGAGACGGAGAUGGAGAGCGGAUUUGUGGAGGACUCUGCAGACAUAGAGGCACUCAAGCAGGCUCAGCGGGACGCAGAAAGAGACAAGGAGCUGAAACUUCGGCACACAUCUGUUCAGAGGAACCUCCCCAGGCCGACUGAGGUUAACGAGUCAGUGCUCCGCCCCGCGUCCAUGGAGCCGCUCACCGACCUCCAGGUGGCUGAAGAGCUCAUCAAACAGGAAAUGAUCACCAUGCUGCACCACGACUGCCUACACCACCCCUCAUCUAAUGCAGUCACUCAGCUGCAGCGCGGCAAAACCAAGGGGCCCACCUCUACGUCCAACAACGCCUCACACAUCUCUUACCUGGAAACCCACCCCUACAAACCCAUCAGCACGGAGGAGAUGGAACAGGCGAAGGCGAUCCUGACUACAGAGAUGGACGUGGUGAAGGCAGGAAUGGGCCACGGAGACCUCAGCAUGGAGGCCUACACCCAGGUGUGGGAGGAAUGCUACGGACAGGUGCUAUAUCUGGCUGGUCAGAACCGGUACACCCGAGCUAACCUGGCAUCAAAGAAAGAUCGAAUCGAAAGUCUGGAGAAGAAACUAGAGGUGAACCGAGGCCACAUGACAGCAGAGGCUCGAAGAGCGGCUAAACUGGAGAAGAAGCUGAAAAUUCUGCUGGGAGGUUUCCAGUCCAGAGCACUGGGGCUCCUUAAGCAGCAUAAUGAACUCUGGGAGCAGGUGGAGCAAGCAGCCACUGAGCUACAGACUUUCAAUCAGCUGAAGCAACAAGAGGAUCUGGCCAUUCCUAGGAGACAAGCGGCUCUGCGGGAGGAUGUGGACAGGCAGAUGGAGAGAGAGAAAGAACUUCAGCAGAGAUAUGGAGAGCUGCUGAUGGAGAGGGAGUCUCUGCUCAGCGGCACGCAGAAGUUCUGAGCAACACAUUCAAUCUGAAACCAAUCACAGGGACUCUGAUGUAGAACAUAACCUUCCACAUUGUUGUAUUGAACAGUUUUUUUUUUGCUUUUUCCUGAUCAUCACUUCAAACCUCUGAGCCUCUAUGUUGCUGUGAUGCCCCAAGCUGCGUUUUGAGCAUGUUCAAUAGUCUUCUCUGUACCAGUGACCAAUAAAGUUUUUCAUCAAUCAAA